AUGGUACUCACUAUCGAGCCCAAGAAUUGGUAUCGGGACGAGUAUUUAGUCUCAACCGAGCCCAAGCUCCUCCAGAUUGACGCCGUCAACGAGGCGAUGAGCUCUGAAAUGAUGUGGUGGGCGCAGGGUCUGCCGCGGGCGACGAUGAAGAAGGCUCUCCACAAUUCCUUGUGCCUCGGGCUAUACAAGCUCCCCGGGUCUACCUCCCAGAUCGCCGGCCAUGGCGCACCGGUGCAAGUGGGGCUUACGAGAGUAGUCACGGAUGAUGUGACCUUCGCGUACCUCACCGACGUGUACAUCCUGCCAGACUACCAGGGAAAGGGCCUGGGACGGUGGAUGAUGGAGUGCCUGAACGAGGUCAUCAAAGGCUGGGCGCAUCUGCGACGGUUCAUGUUCCUGACGUCCAACACGAUGGAUCUCUACCGCAAGACCCUCGGCGCGAAGGACUGGAACGAGUGCAAGACUGAGUGCAUUAUGAUCGGAUUGAUAGAAGGCCCUGCAGCGGGGCACCCGAAUCAUUGA